AUGGUUUUCUCGACUACCGCUAAGCCUUUUUGGCUCGCACCACCGGGAGAAGAUCGAUAUCUAGACAAGUGGAGGCAGGAUAUACGUGUCGUACAGGAUCAGCUGUACCUUCUUGAGCCGAAUGUCGGCAGUGCGACCGUCAAGGACGCUGCCGAAGGCGACUCGGUCCUCAGCCAGGUGACUGAGUUCGAGCAGAAAUUGAUCGACUUGAAAACCAAAUUCGCCGAAGAAACAGCGGCGGAACAAGCUGAAUUGGCGCAGAAGAGGAUAAGCAUACCGCAGAUUCCCAUAAGUGAAGGUGGUGCGAGCUGGUACGAAGACUUGCUUCGCAGACAUAUAUCAACCCUGGAAGCUAACCAGAGCGCCGCGGACGAGGCCUCUACAACUUACCUCAGCUCUGUGGAUGUUGUAACAGACCUCCAAGCUCGCCAGGCCAAGCUGAACCACAUCCACAAAGGCCGAUACUCGGUUGAUCGUGAGAUCAGUAAAGCUGAGAUGAUCAUUCGUGUGCUGAAACUGAUGAUCAAUGGGACUAAGCAAGACGGGGAUCGAAUUCUAUCCCUCGGGGAUCCUUUGGAAGCCGCCUUUACGGAGCUAAUGCGCAUUGGUGAGCCUCCAUACCAUCGGAAAAAUCGAAAGAUCGAAGAUCAGCUUUGUACGGCUGUUCUGAAGAUCCAUCGCGUCUCCUUGAUCGAUGACUCCUUUGUCGAGAGCGCGCGGACGGCUGUCACGGCGGUCCAAGAUUGGUUUGACGAUGAUUAUAUGCCGGACGGUCCGAGGAAGGAAAUUGAAGCGAUAGUGAAUAAUCCACUGUAUCAAGCAAGCCCGGAGUGGGUUACCGAGGAUGGCCCUAUAAUGGGCGGCGGUCGCUAG